AUGUGUAAGACCACGCAAGCAAGUACAGCUAUGUGUAAGACCACGCAAGCAAGUACAGCUAUGUGUCAGACCACCCAAGCAAGUAUGGCUAUGGCUAAUGUUACCCAAGCAAGUACAGCUAUGUGUAAGGUUACCCAAGCAAGUACAGAUAUGUGUAAGGUUACCCAAGCAAGUACAGAUAUGUGUAAGGUUACCCAAGCAAGUACAGAUAUGUGUAAGGUUACCCAAGCAAGUACAGAUAUGUGUAAGGUUACCCAAGCAAGUACAGCUAUGUAUAAGGUUACCCAAGCAAGUACAGCUAUGUGUAAGGUUACCCAAGCAAGUACAGAUAUGUGUAAGGUUACCCAAGCAAGUACAGAUAUGUGUAAGGUUACCCAAGCAAGUACAGAUAUGUGUAAGGUUACCAAAGUAAGUACAGAUAUGUGUAAGGUUACCCAAGCAAGUACAGAUAUGUGUAAGGUUACCCAAGCAAGUACAGAUAUGUGUAAGGUUACCCAAGCAAGUACAGCUAUGUGUAAGGUUACCCAAGCAAGUACAGAUAUGUGUAAGGUUACCCAAGCAAGUACAGAUAUGUGUAAGGUUACCCAAGCAAGUACAGAUAUGUGUAAGGUUACCCAAGCAAGUACAGAUAUGUGUAAGGUUACCCAAGCAAGUACAGAUAUGUGUAAGGUUACCCAAGCAAGUACAGAUAUGUGUAAGGUUACCCAAGCAAGUACAGAUAUGUGUAAGGUUACCAAAGUAAGUACAGAUAUGUGUAAGGUUACCCAAGCAAGUACAGAUAUGUGUAAGGUUACCCAAGCAAGUAUGGUUAUGUGUAAGGUUACCCAAGCAAGUACACCUAUGUGUAAGGUUACCCAAGCAAGUAGUUUAGUUUCAGUUUCAGUUUAUUGUUUUGUCACUUAAUACAUUUUUUAAAUAAAGAUAAUAAUAUAAUAAUUUACAUAGUGUGACAAGGAGGACCGUAAGAAACCGCAAGGCUUAUACGAGACGGUCCUCCUAAAUCUUAACAGAAAAUACUUAUUUGAUAGUUCGGACAGUCAGAUUAAUUAUAUAAAUAUUUGUUAGGAGAGCUUUCAUAUUUUUUUUCAUACUUAUAUAAAAAAACACACACACAAACACAAAUCGAGAAAGAAAAAAAAUUAAGAGUUAAUAAGAGAAGUCUUUAACUUAUUACAAAAAGAGUUAAGCGUUUUGGCAGACUGAAUAUCAAAAGACAAUGAAUUGAAAUAUUUACGUCCCUGAUGUCUUAACGCAAACUUAUGUAUAUUUGUUCUAAACUUUGAAAUAUGGAACAAGUUAGAGCUUCUCGUGUAAUAAUCGUGAAUUUGAGAGUUCAAUUGAAAUAUCCUGUUAAGUGUCUGGGGGAGUAACCCAUUUUUAAAUUGAUACAUUAACUUACCUAUUUGAAAUAAAAAUAAAUAAUUGAAUUUCAAUAUGUUUAGAUUUCUGUAUAUCGGAUCAGUGUGUGCAUCAUAGGAUGCUCCAACAAUUAUACGUAUUGCUCGUUUUAGGAGCAUGAGAAUAUGAUUUAAAUUAGAUGGAUAAGUGGAUCCCCAAACACUAACACAGUAUUGCAAAAAUGGAUAUAACAAAGAUUGAUACAACGUCAAUAGUGAUUGCUUUGAAAGGCAAAAACUUGCUUUAUACAUAAUUCCUACAGCUUUUGAAACCUUACGCGCGACAUUGGUAAUAUGUGGUAACCAUGUCAAGUGUUCGUCAAGAAUAACACCUAAAAAUAUUGUUUCUUUGACUCGCUUUAUAUUCUGAUCACCUAAGGUGACCUUUAUAUCAAGGUUUUGCCUUUUUUGCCGUGGCCUAAAGAUAAUAUAGUUUGAUUUUUUUAUAUUUAUAGAUAACUUGAUUGCACAAAACCAAUCUGUUAAUUUGGUAAGUUCAUUAUUGAUUGUGAGACAUAAUGAGUCUAAGUUUUUAUGGGAGAAAAAUAUACUUGUAUCAUCAGCAAAUAAAAGUAUGUCUAAGGCGGUCAAAACGCUACAUAUAUCAUUGAUAUAAAUCAGAAAGAGAAGCGGCCCGAGCACGCUGCCUGUGGGACACCGCACUUCACUAAUUUACGACAAGAAGAAACGCCAUUAAAAUUUACAAACUGCUCUCUAUCUGAAAGAUAACUUUCAAACCAUUUGAGAGGAGUUCCACAUAUUCCAUAGUUAUGCAAUUUCGCUAGUAAAAUGCCAUGAUUGACCGUGUCAAACGCCUUUGACAGGUCAAUAAAAACGCCUAGAGUAUAUUUUUUAUAAUCAAUAGCACUAGAUAGAGUAUCGUA